CAGAGGAUCCGUCCGGUUCUCGAACUAUCUCAUUGUUUUUUUAAAAUUCUUCAUGCAAAUGUAAGAUUCUGCGCUGUUUCUGUCUCUGUUUUAUGGGUACUUUAUCUGACCUCUGUGAGGAUAUUGUUAGCAGUAUCGCAUAGGCUUUGAAAAAAUGGGUCAGUCUGGCAGUUGUGAAAGUUCUAUCCCCGAAAAGGUUACAACACUACAAGAUGAACUGUUUCGUCAAGCUCGUAGCAUUACCGAAAUAGCUAACCUCUCAUAUGCAGAGUUUCAGCAACAAUUGGGAGACUUGAACAAGUUGUCAAAGCAUUGCAUGGAUGCAGAUGGAAAGAUAAUGGUCUUUGCCGUUAAAAAAGGCAGUGACUCUACCAUUCUAUGGAGGGGAACUGUGAAAAUUGCCUGUAUUAAAAUUGACAUGUCUACAAACAAAAUCGAUACUUAUCGCCUUCUUACUCUAGCACAAUUUUUGAAGGUGUUCCGCUCUAUUCAAAGCCAGUUUGCCGCUGCACAGCAAUCUUCAAACAGAGGAUCGCGCAGUGCAUCAAUGGAUGAGUCAGACACUUCAUCUUCCUCCACCUCAUCCAGUAAAGCAAACAGCUCUCAAGCUUUUACCACCACAGAUGCCAUUACACUUCUGGAGCAGCGAGUUCAAGAGGCAGCUAGUGGCAUUUUAGAUAUUGAUAAACUGACAGAAUGCUGUAUUUGUUUGGACCGGAAGCCUGAAGUAAUGCUACCAUGUGCACAUAGCUAUUGCCUGGUGUGUUUCGAACAGUGGAAUGUGAAACACAAGACGUGCCCAAUCUGCCGUGAAGCACUUGACAGCUCAGAUGAGACUUGGGUGAUUUCCGAUUUCCCUGCUGAGAAUGAGAUCAGUGAGGAUAUUUGUCAUUCACUCAUGAAGCUUGCAUGUAGCCCUCCUGAAGAGAGCAGGUAGUAGGUAAAAUAUUCAAAACAGAUGAUGUUAUUAGGCAGCCCACACGCGGGCAAAGCUGACAGAGCAUUAAAACAUGGAUUUUUUAUCUCCAUAAAUGCAUGAAUAUGUUUGUAUGUACUCAUACAAAGAUGGAAGCAACUUGCAAAGGUACAAGUUAGAAAUCAGUAUGGACAAUCUUAAUAAUAAUGAUGUUUCUGUCAGAAUUUUGAGUGCUUGAAAACCCAAAGGUGAGCUUCUUUCCCUGUGCUCUCUCAACAAUGAUAAUAUUUGGCUUUCCCUUAACUAUCAUGACAUAACUUAUAUUUUCAUAUUGCAAUAAGAUUUUAAAUCAAACCAUAUUAUGAUAAUCGACCUGUCCUAGGAAAAUAAUUGUUACAAGGCUGGACGCCAGCCUAUUUAAGAUCAUUUCAUUGCUGGGAUCUCAGUAACAAUUCUUUUCUUAAGACUGUUCAAUAUAAAAUAUUUUCACCGUAUUAAGGCUUUAAUAACUUUCAGAUUCCUAGUGGACUCUUAUUACUUAUGGUUGUGCAACCAAAUUCUAAAAUUUUAAAACUUUUUGAUUCAUUCUUUAGUACUUUAUUAUUAAUAAAAAAGAGGUAGGAAGAACAAGUUUUGUUUUGAGUGCUGUGUAGAGUGAUCACUUUUCUCUCCAAAAUAGUAGUUGUUUGUGUACUGUGCAGUGUAGUAAAACUCAUUUCAGACAAAAUUUUGGAAACAAAUAAUCAAAAUAACUGGGGUUUAGCACCUAUGACUGAUUGCAGUCUGAAUGUUAAGUCCCAAGUAUUUCAGAAGCAUGAUUUCUGACACCCAUCUCAUCAAUACGAACAUCCCUGUAUUUUUAAUAAACCUUUUUUUUUUUUUUUUUUUUUUUUUUUUGGACUAAUUUUUGUAUACAAUAGGUGAAGAGUGUUCCUCUGUGGCAAGGAACAAUGAAGUUAAGUCAUCAAGGUUGUAAAAUUUACUAAGAUAAAAGAUUUUCAGAACUGUUAAGCUGUUUGAUAAAUUAACCCAUGUUUUGUACAGUCUAGAAUUAUUUGAGCAGUUGUCUUGCCUUGGUAUUUUGUGAAAGUGUAAGCUGCUAAGCAAACUUUUAUUAUUUUAUUUUUCCUUGUGCCUUAGGAAACAUGUAUUCAACCAAAGUUCCCUAGUUGCAAUUCCUGUGAUAGUGGAAGUGUUUAUCAACCAUCACAGCUGACCCAACAUGUCAUGGACCGAGGUAUUGUUUUUUUGUCCAAAGAGUGAUGAGAAUUUGAAUUCACUUGGUAGUUGUGAUAUUUUUAUUUAUAAAUUCAUAUUUAUUUAAGUUUACCAACUGUAAUUUACUUUGAUAUGUUUAUGUUACACUAAAGGAGGAUAAAACCUUCUGUCUAA